UAUAUACACUAACCAUUUAACCAAUUUCUUUAUUUAAGAAUUUAUACGAUUUGCUUGGCUUCUGAAACAAUGGAAUGGGAAGAUGGGAAGACUUUGGGGAGAUGGGAAGACCUCAGCAUUGACAUAUUGUGGAAGAUUUUUGAGUCCUUCAACGACGUCUCUGAUUUAUCUUCCGCCGUUGAGAAGGUCCAUUGCAGUGCCGUUUGCAGUGCAUGGCGUUCGGCUCUCUGCGAUCCCCAGCUUUGGCAUACACUUGAUUUGUCAAUGAUUAAACAUAAUUUCAUCAAAACCAAAGAUGAGCCGUAUGUUUAUGUUUGCAGCCAGUCCGAUUUGACAUUGAGUCGUGUUUUGAAGGUUUCUCUGAGUCUCAGCCGCCAAAACAUAACCACCUUGAUUUUCAAUCUCCAGUUAUAUGUCCCCGACGACCUCUUCACUUACACCGCUGAAAGGUGCCCGAAGCUGAGACGAUUAGUUAUGCCAUCUUGGAACAAAAUAAAGAUUGAUGGCAUCAGCAAGGGCAUUGGGUGUUGGAAACAUCUUGAAUCGCUGACAAUAGGGAACAUAGAAAAGUAUCAAUACCUCACUCUCUUGCAGGUGAUUUACUACAACUGCAACAACUUCAGGGAACUCAAAUUGAUGGGUACUUGUGAUACAUAUUCCUUUGCCUCGGCAAUGGUUAGAUAUCUUCCAAAACUGGAGGUUUUAAGCCUCCGGUGCUCGAUGUUGUCGAAGGACGCUUUGAUGGUGAUAUUGGAGAGCCUACCCAACUUGGAAGUUCUCAACAUAUCGCAUUGCGUUGUAUUGGAUGAAACCCAUCAGCCUCAUCAACCUUUUAGAAUUGUUGAGGAGCUUGAUGCAUCCAUUGUUCACAAGGCUUCAAGGUUAAAGAGAUUUAUAACGUGCAUGCGUAUGCCUACGGCCAUGCGUGUGCAGGAAGACUCGUGCAGCAUGUGCCAAAGGACCAGAAACGACGAGGGGAUCAUCAGGUGGCAUAGAUAUGAACAAGGGAUGUGGAAAGCAGAUGAAGUGGCUUCCCUUGCUCUUUGAUUGAAAAAAAAAAAAAAAGGUUAAUUAAUUGUAAAGAAUGUUUUACCAGCCUCUAACCCUUAAUUAAUAAAACUUUCCGGUCUGUAUGUGUUUAUUAUAAUGUA